CGCUCAGGUUCCCCGGUUCCCUGGAGGGUUCCCUGGGGAGCAGCAGAGGGGCUUCACCCCCAGAGAGAUGGGGGUCCGAGCCCGGUCAUGAGGUUUGGCGUUCCUCAAGGAGGUCCAGCAGGGCUCCAGGACUCCUUCCUGCGUCUUCCCCAGGGAUCAGUGCCUGUCUCUGGGCUCGGCCUGAUGGAGGGAGUCCCGGCCCAGAUGAGGAGGCCGAUGCCGGGGGAUUACACCGGGAUCCGGCCCCUCCCUGCUCCUGGAGCUCACCCUCACAUGAUGCAAGGUGUCCAGCAGCCUUCCUCCCGCGCUCCCUCCCCCUGCAGCAGCACAGCAUCAUGGGACAGCCGUACAUCGAGCUCCGUCACCAGGCUCCAGAGCACCGUUUGAGGCUGAACUUCCCCCAGCCUGAGACCCAUAUUCUGCCCCCCAGAGACCCUCAUCCUUCCCCCCUCAGACCCAUGGGCCAGCAGGUGACUCUGGAGCAUCUGAACCAGCAGCAGCAGCAUCAACAGAGCCUGGAGAACCUUGAGGAACACCUGGAGGACUCGGCUGUGAAAGACCUGGAAGACGUGGAGGUGAAAGACCUGGUGGACCUGAACCUGAACCUGGACCCUGAAGAUGGUAAAGAGGACCUGGAUCUGGGAACCAACGACCUCCACCUGGACGACUUCCUGUUGUCAGGGAAGUUCGACCUGAUCGCCUACGCCGACCCGGAGCUGAACCUGGAGGACAAGAAGGACAUGUUCAACGAGGAGCUGGACCUCGGGGAGCAGGUGGAGGAGGCGGGGGACAGGAAGUCGGAACUGGCUCAGGUGAAACAGGAAGUUCUGGACGGAGCCCAGACUGAAACAGGAUGUGGAUCUGGAUCAGGAUCAGGGGAUCUACCGGCUUUCCAGACCCAGGAACAGGCUCUGUCAGCAGGCAUGGCUCCUAGGGUUCAGACCCCCAUGGCUGGAGCUCCGCGGCCCGUCUUCCAGCAGAGACCGUUUGGACCCCCUCCCUCGACUCUCUUUCCCCCCCAGAACCAGCUCCCUCACCCGGGCACCUCCACCCAGAACCAGGGCCCCUUCCUCCAGAACCAGAUCCAAAUCCAGAUCCAGAACCAGAUCGAGACACAGAUCGCGGACCAGAUCCAGAACCAGCUCCAGUUGCAGGAUCUGGAGCAGAGGCACCUCCUCCUUCAGGACCAGCCUCUCCUCCUGCAGGACCUUCUGGACCAGGAGCGCCAGGAGCAGCAGCAGCAGAAACAGAUGCAGGCGCUGAUCCGACAGAGGGGCCCCAACGACCCAGGGGCCCCCCCUAUAGACUUCGACUCGAUCUCAGACCCCAUCAUGAAGGCAAAGAUGGUGGCUCUGAAGGGAAUCAACAAGGUGAUGACGCAGAGCAGCCUGGGACUCAACCCCAUGGGCAUCAACAGGUUCCAGCAGGCUCCAGUACCCCCGGUUGCUCCGGUGGUCCCUGUGGCCCCUGUGGCCCCGGGUCCUGAGGCGCCCCCUCCACACAUGGUGCUGCAGGACGGGAAGCCGCCCCCCCGGCUGGUGAGACCGAACCCCCCCAACUUCAGCCCGGGCUUCAGCAACGAGGCUCAGAGACGGCAGUACGAGGAGUGGCUCGGGGAGACGCAGCGCCUCCUGCAGAUGCAACAGCGCCUCCUGGAGGAGAAGAUGGCGGCGCACAGGAAGACCAAGAAGUCUCUGUCGGCCAAACAGAGGACGGCCAGGAAGGCAGGAAGAGAACUCACCGAGGAGGACGCCAACACUAUGAGGAGCGUCAGCGAACAGCAGGGGGCGCUGCAGAAACAGCUGGAGCAGAUCCGUAAGCAGCAGAAAGAUCACUCUGAGUUGAUCGAGGACUACAGGAGUAAAAACCAGAGAGCCGGCUGCCCCCCACAGACGCCCCUGCUGCCCCUGCCAGGAAACCCCGUACAAACACUCAGACCAAACACCCCUGGUUGGACCCCGGGGGGCGUCGGGGCUUCGGGGGUUUUAGGGCAGAGAAUGCCUCUUAUUCUGUCAAAUCAGAUGCCCCCUCAGAUGCCUCCUCAAAUGCCUCCUCAGAUGCCCAAUCAGAUGCCCCCUCAAAGGCCUGCUCAGAUGCUUCCUCAGAUGCCCAAUCAGAUGCCUCCUCAAAUGCCCAAUCAGAUGCCCCCUCAGAUGCCCAAUCAGAUGCCCAAUCAGAUGCCCCCUCAACGGCCUCCUCAGAUGCCUCCUCAGAUGCCCCCUCAGAUGCCCAAUCAGAUGCCCCCUCAACGGCCUCCUCAGAUGCCCCCUCAGAUGCCCAAUCAGAUGCCCCCUCAACGGCCUCCUCAGAUGCCUCCUCAGAUGCCCCCUCAGAUGCCCAAUCAGAUGCCUCCUCAGAUGCCUCCUCAGAUGCCCCCUCAAAGGCCUCCUCAGAUGCCUCCUCAGAUGCCCCCUCAAAUGCCCCCUCAAAUGCCUCCUCAGAUGCCCAAUCAGAUGCCUACUCAGAUGCCCAAUCAGAUGCCUCCUCAGAUGCCUACUCAGAUGCCCAAUCAGAUGCCUACUCAGAUGCCUCCUCAGAUGCCUCCUCAGGUGCCUCCUCAGAUGCCUCCCUCCCAGCCUAAAAUCCCCUCAGUAACACAGACUCCUCCCAUCACUGCAGGGCCACGGGGUCCCCCACCCGCAGCAGCAGGGGCCAAUGGAGCUUCUCAGGUGAACUUUGACGACAACAAUCCGUUCAGUGAAGGCUUUCAGGAGAGAGAGAGGAGAGAGAGACUGAGAGAGCAACAGGAGAGACAGAGAGUGCAGCUGAUGCAGGAGGUGGAGCGCCACCGGGCCAUGCAGCAGAGACUGGAGCAGGAGCAGCAAGGCAUGCUGGGAGUUGGAGUCCCUUCAGGUCCUCGGGGGGGCGAGGGCAGUCUCUCUCAGAUGCCCUUCUUCAGCUCAGAGUUACCGCAGGACUUCCUGCAGUCGCCCCCCCCCUGCAGACCCCAGCUGUUCCCCCCCCCCUCCUCCUCCAUGAUGUCACUUUACUCUGAUGUUCUGCCCGACGACAGGCAGAAAAAAAGAAGCCGCACCCCUUUGUCUUCUGAUGACAUCACAGCCCCGCCCACUCCCGCCAGGUCCGACACUUCCUGCUCCACGCCCCCUCGAGCCAGCCUGGACCAAUCGGAGUUCAGCUUCUCUGUAAGCCCCGCCCUAUCUGGGCUCGCCCCCUCCUCAGAGCUGGAGAGGCAGCUGUCCGUCACCCAGAGAGGCCCCGCCCCUUUAGUUCGCAUGGAGGUCAAGCAGGAGCGAGUGGAGGGAGGAUCUUGUGGGGGGGGAGUGAUAAAGAUGGAGGACUGUGGGGGGGGGGAUGGGUUUUUCUCCCCCUCUCCCCUCCAUGGUGGGGGAGAUGGAGGUAAAGAGCUGCUCCGUCACCUGCUGAAAGAAAAGACCUCCCCCGAAACCCUCCAAUCACCAGGGGCCGCCAGACGCCUGCCGUCCAAUGACAGCGUCCGAUCUGAGGAGGAGGAGGGACCAGGGAUGCAUGGCAACGUGAUGGACUCCCCCGACUCUCUGGACCCCUCCGGCAGGAAGAAGCCCCCCCGCUGUAAGCGACUCGCCCGACCAGAGAAAGGACCUCCGAAAAACAAGAGGAGGAAGAAAGAAGAGGAGCUGCUCUCCUCCUCAUCGUCCUCCGAGCUGGUGGGGACUCACCUGCGACAG